CUUAAAAAUUAUUGAACCUAAAUGAGGUCAAACAGGAAACAUUCUGCAUAUAUUUAUUAGGAUUAAGAAACAGAACAUGCUGAUAUAUAGAACAUUGAUAUCUUGCUACCUGAGAUAGUUUUGUUUGUUGGUGAAUUGUGUCUGGCAGUUGAAAUCUUACUGUGCAUAAGGAUAUUCAAAUUCUGCGUUAAAAAAAGAUAAUAAAAAUUGGAAAAAAAAAAUUGUUUAAAAAAAAAAUAAAUGUGAAAAAACAUGUGCAGGGUUCUGUGCAUUGUGUGUUAAUGAACUUAAAAGCAGUGAUCUGGAAAAUUGAUUUAUAUUGAAAGUACAUGUGCAUUUAUAUCUUAAAGGUUGUAAAAUAUAGGUGCAUGUAAUUAUACGGUAUAAUAUAUUUUGGAGUUCUCUGUGGUAGCUGUCAAGUAUAAAUCAUUAUUCAGACAAAGAGUUAUUAAUAAGUGACCUAGGUUGUUGGUAAAUGAAGCAGUAUGCCAGUAAACACUGUACUAAAUAGAUCUAAUAUAAGCAAUGCGCAUAAAACAUAAAAUGGAUAUAAUACUGAAGGAGAAUCGUGAUUAUCAUAAAUUUUUGAAGUUGAUUUGUAAACAUAAACAACAAUGGUUACAUGGGUUCGAUUAAUUCUUCACACCGACGGCGUAGAAUGAGCAGUUCCCUAGAUCUAAGCUCAUCGCAGCGUGAAGAUCUAGCAACCAGUCAAGAAGGAGCAGAAGGCGGGCAUGGAGAAGAUGUUCCAGAUACACAUGUAGAGGAGGACGCAGCUGAUAGUGAUAACGAACAUCACGAUUUAUCUUCCAUCCUGGCGUAUCUAAUUAGAAGAUGUGCUUCUUGUGUUUCCAGCGGCCAGGUCCGGAUCUUGACGUCCGACGACAGAGGGGACAGCUACUCUGAGGACGAAGAUUUUUGCGAGGAACAGAGACCCCCUGCAGUGGACCCAAAUCCGGACACGUCCAGAAUCCAGGAAAAUGACAUAUACGAGGAAGUCCUACUCAAGUCUGGUAGAAGCAGUGCCUUUGAUAAAUCCCAUCAUACAGUCUCUCAUAUGUUAUAUAAGAGACAGAUUGGGAUGGGAAAACAGAUCAAGUUUGGAGCCAGUGAUCGAAGAGUGAUUAGCACUCCAUAUUUACCCAAUUACUGUGAUACUGUAGCCCACUACAGACAGAAGGCAUUUUGUGGUACCUACUCUGUAGAUGGCAAUAUCUUCCUGUCAGCUUCUCAAGAUCAGAAUAUCAGGAUUUAUGAUACAAAAGAAGACAGAUUUGAUCUCCUGAAAACUAUUAGAGCCAAGGAUGUUGGCUGGAGUGUUCUCGAUACAGCCUUUAGUCCUGAUGGUAACUACAUGAUAUAUUCAAGUUGGUCUGAAUGCAUCCACCUGUGCAAUGUACAUGGUGAUCAGAAUGUGCACCAGGCGUUACAUUUGUUCCCUACAGAAAACAGCUUCUGUAUCUUCUCUCUGACCUUCUCCUCAGAUAACAGAGAAAUCCUCGGCGGAGCAAAUGAUGGACAUCUGUAUGUGUACGACAGGGACAGUAAUCAACGAACACUUAAAAUAGACGCUCAUGAUGAUGAUGUGAAUGCUGUAGCGUUUGCAGACACAACAUCACAGAUAUUGUUUAGUGGAGGAGAUGACGGGCUAUGCAAGGUAUGGGACAGACGAACGUUAAAAGAAGAUCAUCCGGUCCCUGUGGGAACUUUAGCAGGACACUAUGAUGGCAUUACGUAUAUAGAUCCUAAAGGAGAUGCAAGAUACCUUUUGUCAAACUCCAAGGAUCAGACAAUGAAACUGUGGGAUAUUCGAAUGUUUUCGUCCGCAACAGCAAUAGAACAAACAAAGAAGGCUGUCUCCAAGCAACGCUGGGAUUAUAGAUGGCAGCAGGUUCCGAGGAAAAUGGACAAGCAUCGUCGUUUGCAGGGAGACACCUCAGUAAUGACAUACAAAGGUCAUUCUGUUCUCCAUACGUUGAUUCGCUGUCACUUUUCACCUGAAUUCACUACAGGACAGCGAUAUGUGUAUACAGGCUGUGCAAUGGGAAACCUGAUAAUUUAUGACACGCUGACUGGACAGGUAGUAAGGAAACUUGAAGGUCACAGGCAGUGUGUGAGAGAUGUCUCCUGGCAUCCGUAUGAGAACAACAUUAUAACAACCUCAUGGGAUGGUUCGUUACGUAAAUGGGAGUAUAAAUCGGUAGACAAAAUAGAACAGGAGGAGGAAAGAAGUUCGUCAGAGUCAGAAGAAGACCUUGGGGGACUUUUCAGACGAAGCAGACAAAUUAGGAAAAAAUGUAAGAAAAGACAGAGGCAGGCAAGUUGGUGUCAAAAUGCAGAUAAAAAGUUUCGAGGUCUGUUUGACUGAAUAGGCAGAUUGGGAAACAUUUCGUUUUGCUAAAACUCUAUCAUCAUGGGAGUGUGUAAGACUUAAUCCUUUGCAAAGGAGCAAAACAUUGAAGAAUUGUUUGAUAUUUUAUUAAUUUAUGGAAAAGUGAGGAAUAUAUGGAAUAUGAAGAACAAAAUUAAUGAACCAAGGCACAGACAAGGAUUUGAAACUCAUCAACAACAGACUAAACGUAGAAAUAUAAAGUUAUAAAUGUAUUACAUAAAUUCACCUCAUGUAUAUGAUAUAUGAUUUAGCAGAACUUGUCAUUAUAUCUCAUGCAAAAUGCAUUCAAAGGAUCUUCCUACAUAUCUCAUGAUAGAAUUUGUGAAAAAGUAUGGAAUGUUAAACAUAAAAAAUAUACUGAAGCAGAAAUGUAGUCAUAGAUAGCACUAGUGGAGAUAAAAAAAAGGAUGGAAGAGUGUCUCUGUGGAAGGAAUAUGAUAAGAAAUCUUAGAUAAAAUACAAUUUAACUUGAAUUUGAAAAAAAUGAAUUGAGGCUGAUGUGCUGUUCAUUGUAUCUGAAGAAAAUGGUGAAUCACAGAAAAUAGACAUAUAAAUGGUUCACAGAAAGUAGACAUAAAUUAUUUGCAGAAAUGGACAAAUAGUUCACAGUAGACAUAAAUGGUUCACAGUAGACAUAAAUGGUUCAUAGUAGACAUAAAUGGUAUACAGAAAAUAUAAAUGGUUUACAGUAGACCUAAAUGCUUCACAGAAAAUAAACAUAAAUGGUGUACAGGAAAGAGACCUAUAUUUAGAAGCACAAAGAUCACAUUGGAAAACAUGUUAUAGAUAUUUGUAGAACAAACUGUUAUAAAAUGUGUUUCUUAAUUAAUCCUUCCAGUUGAAGACAACAAUGUGACACAGUAAAUGACGAUCUGUGUAACUCGAAUGUUAUGCACAGAUCUUAAAGGGAAAAUGUUUUGAGAAGAUUGCAAUACCAUAUUGACUUGUAAUCAGGUUAUUAUCACAACGCUUGCUCAGUAGUGAAAUUCACACUAGAUAAACAAUAAUUGUGUACAGGUGGUCAUUUUGCCAUGAUUGAAUGCUUAUUGAAUAAUCAGUGACUUUGAGUUGUUUAUUAUCUGAUUUACAAUGGUUCAGAUGGACAGGAGUUGAAAUACACAUGUGGUAACCACAGUGGUUAAAUGUUCAAGCAUCUUAGCAAUCAGCCAUGGUAAAUCAGAUGAUAAAUUACAAGUGAGCAUUAUUAAUGUUAUUUUCAUUUAAACAUGCUCAUGAAAAUUGAUGAUGAAAAUUAUGUGGAACUUCAUUCAUCUCAGUGGAAAUGAACUUAGGGUCACACUGCUAUGUGACCUCUUAAGACAUGUCACAAUGUUCUUACAUGGGUCUGCGUAUCUAUCAUCUGUUGAUUAUCACAGAAUAUACAAUGCUUGUUUAUUUUAGUUAAAAAAGAUAAGUCAUGAUAGAAUGUGCAGUAAAGAUAUGAUUAAAAUUAUGUAUUCGUAUAUAUUAUAAAGCUAUGCUUCUCAUAUUAUACUGCCAGACAUCUUUAGAAAGUAAAUGCAAAUUUAAGAAUUUAAGAAAAAACUGGGAUUAACCUUUAGCCUGCUGGCGGCAAGUGAUUCUGUCUUUGUGAGCAGUGCAGCAUGUCCAUGCAGGCUGAUCAUGGUCUGCACUGUUUGCUAUUCAGUCAGUAAAUUUUCAGUGAACAUCCCUUCGAAUAAUAAAUGGUAUUGCCCAAAUUGAAUGAUGGACCAGUUCAUUUUGUUAAACCCAAAUUUAGCAGGGUAAGGGUUAAGAGACACAUGAGGACUAAUAUUAACCACAGGCAUUGAAAAAAAAAAGAUGCUAGUCUAAAUGGCCAUCGAAAGAAAACGUGUGAAAAUUCAACUGCAUUGUGUGAUUUUUUUCUUUCUGUGAAUUGUUCUUUUUAAAUGUAAAUAGCUGUGUAAGUUGUUCUGUUGUUUGGAGUAAAUUUCGUAUGAUAUUUAUGUACAAUCUUAAUUAUAUUUAUAAUGUCGUUAUUUCAAAUUCGAUGUAGAUAGUUAAUGAAGUAUGAUUUUAUAUGAAAAAGGACAAUUUUUAACUGCUUAGUGUUAAGACAUGUUGUUCUGUUGCUGUAUUUUUUGGUUUUGGUAAAAAAUGGCUAUGUAGUGAGGCAAAAAUUCAUGAAUAUUAUGUUUGAAAUAUGAAAUAUUAUGUCCACAGAUAUUUAGUUAUAAAGAUGAAAUGUUUUGUCCACAGGUAUUAAGUUUGAAAGUGUUGACAUAAAUUCACAUACCGUAUUUUGGUGUGUAUAGGUCGCAGUAAUGUAUAGUCCGCAUCUAAUUUUUGCUCUGAAAAUGGUCGGAAAAUUUAAGUUCUAGCGUAUUAGUCGCAGUUAAAUUUCGGAUUUUUUCCCCAGCAAUAUUUAAUACU